AAUGUGUUUUUAAAAACUCUUCACAAUUUUUCAGUUUUUAAAAGCAAAAAACUGAAAUGGCUAAAUUGUGUUUUGAUUUUUACUUUUCAGUUUUUAAAAACUAAAAACAAAAACUAUUUCAAACACACCCUAAAUCUUUGAAACGAUUUGAAUGUGUUUGUAAAUCAUGGUCUCUCUUAAUUGAAAACACUCGUUUCAUGAACAUGUUCCGCAACAACUUUUUAUCUAACUUGCAUUGUUGUUCUUAUUAUGACCAAGCAUCGCUCUUCAUGCUGCUUCAUGGACCUUACGAGGAUUUUCUCUAUUCUUUUUCUAGAGAAAAGUUGGAGAGUAAAGUCAAAUUAAAUAUAUCAACUCCAUUUGUACACCAUGAGGAAGAGGGUUACGUUGGAGAUCUUUGUAUUUUUGGUUUUGGUAGUAUUAGUGGCACAUUUUGUCUCUAUGAAGAUGGAUCUUGCAAAAUUGCAUUAUGGAACCCGAGUAGAGAUGAAUUCAACCACAUUCCUCCUAGUCCGGUUGAGUCCACUCUCCCCGAGGCUGCUAGGGCUAUUUGUUAUAUCACACCUUAUAUUCAUGGAUUUGGUUAUGAUCUUAAUACAUGUGACUAUAAGGUCAUUCGUUGUGUAUUCUUUGUAGGUAGACACGUUGAAGAAUGGGAUUAUGUGCCGUCUGGAGAUGUAUUUGGAGAUACGUGUUUAGACCCUGUAUGGGAGAUAUAUAGCUUGAAAAGUAAUUCUUGGAGAAAACUUGAUCUGGACAUGCCGCGUUCUGUUAUGGGAACUGAGGAUGCCCGACUCUACAUGGAUGGAGUCUGUCACUGGUUGUGUCAAUAUCAUAGUCCACUAGCACCGUGUUUGGUAUCAUUUGAUUUAAGCAGUGAACAGUUUUUUGUAACAUCCAUACCGGAUGACUGUUUUGUUGUUGGAGCAUCAUAUGUUUACUUGGCGGUGUUAAAUGGAUGCAUAACAUCUUUCCGAGUUAGAGAAAAUACUUUUCAAAUAUCAAUAUUGGGCGAACUCGGUAGAAAAGAAUCAUGGAUCACACUAUUCGUUGUUGGACCAUUGUCUUGCGUCCUACGUCCUAUUGGAGUGGGGACCAAAGGAGAAAUAUUCUUCCGGACCAAAGAUCGAAGAGUAGCUUUGUUUGAUUUGUGUACCCAAAUGAUUGAGAAGCUUGGUUAUGAAGAAGAGAGUUGUAGUUUUCCUAGUCGGGUAAUACUUUACAAAGAAAGCAUUCUUCCAGUUGAAGGAAUAAGUAGUUAAUUGUUUUUCUUGAAGGAAUAAGUAGUUAAUUGUUUUUCUUGUUUUUAUUUUGAAUGUUUUCUCUCAUUUUAUUUGCAAACUUAUCUAGUAUCUAUAUCGAUGAAAAGAAAACCUAUGUCAAUAAGUUGGCUCGUGUUGAUUUUUUCUUC